AUGGGUGGCCAUGGAGCUGUUGACAUUGAAAAGUCACCAAGCAAACCGAUCUACUAUCUGUGGACGGUCUCACCCCCAAUAAUAUCUGAUCAAGAAGUGGCACCUCCUGUCCUUCAAUAUCUACGCCCAAUUUGGGGAGGAGUUGAUGAGGAGCUGGAGAAGCUCCGUAGGUAUUUACUCCAAAUCCAGCCUCUGGUUGAAGAUGCAGAGGAGAGGCAGCUCAUGGAUCAGACUGUCAAGUCCUGGCUGAUGCUGCUCAGAGAUGUUGCCUACGAUGCUGAUGACAUCCUUGACCAGGCCAACACACAUGUCCUACUCAUCCAGCGCAAGGCCCAGUUUUACGGUCCCUUAAAAAGCAAGGUGCGUGACUUUUUCUCUCUUGAUCAUAACCCACUCCUGUUUCAACUUCAGUUGGGGCACAAGCUUAGAAGCAUCAACCAAAGAAUAGAUGGUAUCAUAGAAGAGAUGCACAAGUUCAAUUUUAAGGUUGCAGACAACAACAAUAACAACAACAGUCCUUGGAGGAAUAGGCCACAAACACAGUCUCAUGUAAUUGAAUCAGAAGUAAUUGGCAGAGAUGAAGAGAAAGAGCAAAUAGUGCAGAUGCUGAUACGUGAUCAUUUUGAAGAGAAAGUGACAGUGGUUUCCAUAGUCGGUAUGGGCGGUUUAGGUAAGACGAAACUUGCUCAGUUGGUCUAUGGAGUUAAAGAUGUAGAGAGCCACUUCCAACUACGUAUAUGGGUAUGUGUCUCCGAUGAUUUUAAUGUGGCAAAGCUCGUUGGAAACAUCAUACACACAGCCUCUGGGAAAGUUUGUGAUCAUACAAACAUGGAACUGCUACAGAGGGAUCUACGACAACUCCUGGGGCAUAAGAGGUAUCUGCUUGUAUUGGAUGAUGUUUGGAAUGAAGAUCACAUGAAGUGGGAUGCACUUAGACAUCUGCUUCUCGAUGGAGCAUAAGGAAGAAGAAUUUUAGUAACCACACGCAAUGAGAA